UGAGAACCCUGGCUCUUCAGGCAGAUGCUCAACUGUCUCCCGACUAUUUUUCUGCUAUAUUAGUGGCAGCGUUUGUUAGUAUUUUGCAAGAGCUGUUUGUAUUUUGGUUGCAGGGGCUCAGCAUAGGGAAGGAUCUAUCUGGGCAGAAGCCAGGAGUCCAGGCGGGUCAGCGCACAAAGGACAGUGGAAUCCGAGGGGAUGGUAGGAGAUCAACCGAACCCAGAACAGAGGCCUGCAAGGAUGACUGCGCUUGACCCCCUCAGAGAAAAAAGCCAGAGUCACUCACAGGAGAAAGACAAAGCAGCCAAAGCUUCCCGGGUGUACAGGAAGUCCAAAGUCAUCAGAAGGAAGAAGAAAACCUGAAACAGUGAGAGCUGGCCAAGCGCUGCUAAGACCUAUGCAAAUGAGACCCACCCACGCUGCCUGGAAAUCGGGCCUGGGAAGUCAGAAAACAAAGUACUUGCGUGCAGGGCUGCAGGGAAGGGAGGCAGAGGAGGCGGCUCCGAGGGAGCAGGACGUCUCCCGCGAGGCCUCCCUGUGUGUGGCUGAGGAUGGCUGAGCAGGAGGGCCGGGAGCUUGAGGCCGAGUGUCCCAUCUGCUGGAAUCCCUUCAACAACACGUUCCAUACCCCCAAAAUGCUGGAUUGCUGCCACUCCUUCUGCGUGGAAUGCCUGGCCCACCUCAGCCUGGUGACUCCAGCCCAGCGCCGCCUGCUGUGCCCGCUCUGUCGCCAGCCCACGGUGCUGGCCUUGGGGCAGCCCGUCACUGACUUGCCCACGGACACUGCCAUGCUCACCCUGCUCCGCCUGGAGCCGCACCAUGUCAUCCUGGAAGGCCGUCAGCUGUGCCUCAAAGACCAGCCCAAGAGCCGCUACUUCCUGCGCCAGCCUCGAGUUUACACGCUGGACCUCGGCCCCCAGCCUGGGGGCCAGACUGGGCCGCCCCCAGACACGGCUUCUGCCACCGUGCCUACGCCCAUCCCCAUCCCCAGCCACUACUCUCCGAGGGAGUGUUUCCGCAAUCCUCAGUUCCGCAUCUUUGCCUACCUGAUGACCGUCAUCCUCAGUGUCACUCUGUUGCUUAUCUUCUCCAUCUUUUGGACCAAGCAGUUCCUUUGGGGGGUGGGGUGAGUGCUGUUCCCAGACAAGAAACCAAACCUUUUUCGGUUGCUGCUGGGCAUGGUGACUGUAGAGCCUCAUUUGGUGGUGUCUUCCUUUGUAGUGUUGUUUAUUUUACAAUCCAGGGAUUGUUUAGACCACGUGUUUGCUUCUGGGAACAAUUAAAAACAAACAAACAAAAAACCGAACAGCUUGAAGGACUGGGAGAUGUGGAGCAACCUCCGGGUGUGAGUGUGGCGUCAUGGAAGGGCAGACAAGCAGUUCUGACCACAGAGCUCCACAGCAAGUUGUGCCAAAGGGCUGUACAAUGGUAUCCAGGAACCUGACUAGCUCACAUAGCAAGUUGCAUUUCUCACUGGAGCUGCUUCAAAAUCAGUGGAUUUGUUUUUUGCAUUGCUCUUUUUACUAUGGGUUGCUAAAAAAAAAAAAAAUUGGGAAGUGAGCUUGAAUUCUGUGGGUAAAUGUGUGUUUGUUUCUUUUCAGCUUUCUCUUUGGAUGUCUUGCCGCCGGUUGCAGUAAAACUGUUCUGCAUUCAUUAA